UUAAAUUAGGUUAGGUUAUGAAAAAUGCUGAGCUUAAUAAUCCUACCUCAAUCCAAUCCAUAGGCCAUCAUUUGUAAUGGAUCAAAACCCAAUCUUUUUCCAUUUUCAGCCCUUUAAAUCUCUCAAUUAACAGAAAAACUCACGAUCCGACCCUCCAUUUUCCCUGCAGCUUCAAACACCGGCACCGGCAACGCCGUCAGACCAUGCUCGGAAAAUUCCUCCGCCCGAUCCUCUCAGCUUCCCGCAGACGCCAUCCCUUUUCAUCACCAUUUCAAUCACUUCUCAACCCCAUUCUUCCAUCCCAUCUCCACCGCCGUUUUCUUUGCUCGCCACCAUCAUCCACCGUUAUCCCUUCUCAAAACUCCGACAAUCUCAAUCUCCCAAUCCCAAAAAUUCGAAGCCAAACUCCUCUUGAGAAGCAAUUUGAAACAUGGGUCCAGAAGCUCAAGCCUGGAUUCUCCCCUUCCGACGUCAACGAGGCUCUGCAAGCCCAAUCCGACCCCGAUCUCGCCCUCGACCUUUUCCGGUGGACGGCGCAACAACGUGGCUACAAACACAACGAUUUAACCUAUCUAACAAUCAUUAAGAUCCUAAUUUCCCGCCGGAGAUACCACCUCGCUGAAACCCUAGUCGAAGAGGUACUUGCUGGUGCUUGUGAAAUGAGUGUGCCGCUGUACAAUUCUGUGAUUAGGUUUUGCUGUAGUCGGAAAUUUCUGUUUAAUCGAGCUUUUGAUGUGUACAAGAAAAUGUGGAAAUCUGAUGACUGUAAACCUACCCUUGAAACUUAUGCAAUGCUGUUCAAUUCACUGCUUAGGAGAUUCAAUAAGUUGAAUGUUUGUUAUGUGUAUUUACAUUCGGUUCGGUCGUUAACGAAGCAAAUGAAAUCCUCUGGUGUGAUUCCUGAUACUUUUGUGUUGAAUAUGAUCAUUAAAGCUUAUUCUAAGUGUCUUGAAGUUGAUGAAGCGAUUCGGGUUUUUCGGGAAAUGGGGUUGUAUGGUUGCGAACCAAAUGCGUAUACUUAUGGCUACAUUGCAAAAGGGUUGUGUGAGAAAGGAAGAGUUGGACAAGGGUUGGAAUUUUACAAGGAAAUGAGAGUUAAACGACUGCUUCCUAGCAGCAGUACUUAUAUGAUUUUGAUUUGUAGUCUAGCAAUGGAACGCAGAUUUGAGGAAGCUAUUGAGAUUUGUUUUGACAUGUUGAGUAAUUCCAUGGCACCGGAUUUGCUUACUUACCGAACUCUGUUAGAAGGAUUAUGUCGGGAAGGACGGGAUAGCGAAGCAUUCGAUUUGCUUGAUGAAUUGAGGAAGAGGGAUAAACUGAUGAAUCAGAAGACAUUCAAGAUUCUUUUAAAUGGACUACACAUUGUUGGUAGAGAUUAGUUUAUGAGGAUUUUUCUCAGCCUAUUCCAUUGAAUUUAUUUGUUUUGCCGGACUAGAUUUAUGGAUAUAGCUCGCUCCUAUGCUGGUUAACCAUUUAGGAUUAGAUCUUGAGUUUACUGAUCUUGCUCCUAUGCUGGUCUUCUGAAUGAUGGAAUGAAUUUUGUUACUGAACCUUGAAGAUUUUAGGAUCUAUUAGGUUGUUUAGAAGCGCAAUGUUGAAGAGAAUGACUUCAUUAUUCUAGCUCAAGCGUUGAUUCAACCGGUUAUUGAUACUCGUAGAACUCUUAACCUCUGGUAGCUGGAGGUUUUGUAUAAUGGAAGGUUUACCCUGCACUUGUAAGGAUCUAUGGAGGAUUAGAUCUUGAGCAAGUCUUCUAAAUGCUGGAAUAUUGUUUUAUGACUGAACCUUGAGGAUUUCAGGAUCUAUUAGCUUGUUUAGAAGCGAAAUGUUGAAGAAAGUGACUCCACUAUUCUAGCUCAAAUGGACUAAGCGUUAACUUGACCAGUUAUCGAUGCUCGUAGAACUCUUAAGCUCUGGUAGCUGGAGGUUUUGUAAUGGAAGGUUCACCCUAUAGUUGUUAGAGGAUCUAUUAAGGAUUAGGUCUUGAGUAAGUCUUCUAAAUGCUGGAAUGUACUUUCUGACUGAACCUUGAAGAUUUCAGGAUCUAUUAGCUUUGUUUAUAUGCGAAAUGCAUGGAUAGUUACUUCUUUGGUCAAGCUCAAACGGACUACGCAUUGAGUUUACUGGUUAUGGAUGCUCGUAGAACUCUCAAGCCCUUGUAGGUGGACGUUACAUAAUGGAAGGCUCACCCUGCACAUCUAUUAAUGGUUCAUACAUUGGCUUCUGCAACUCUUGGACGGUUGGAUUAUAUGUGCUUUCUUCUAAACUAAAGAAAGCGAAUUCGAACAGAACCGAGCUGAAAGCUAGUGCCAUUUCUUUUGCUAACAAUUCAAACUGAAAUCAGUUCACAUUCGGAAUCCGAAACGAGCCAUUUGGGAAGUGUUAUAGAGACAUCAAUGUUGAUUCUCUGCUCUUGUUAUUUCAAUAUUGGAUUUGAUGUAUGGUGGUGCAUCCACAACAAAAUUCUCUCCUUGCAUCUUUGGUGUUUGCAACAUCUUUAGAAUAAGAAAGAACGGGGAAUUACGUCGAACUAGACCUUAUAAUUCCAGCACCAGCACGGUUUGGGACAGCGGAAGAUGGGUUUCUUCAAGAAAAGAUUGGCUGAACAAGGGGGUAGUCGCAGAGUCACCAUUUUUGCUCAUCUUCAAGGAAGAAGACCGCCAUUGUUGUUGACUGGUUCUCUCACUGGAGAAUUCAAGUGGGUUGGUAAUGGAGAUUUAUUGACAACUUAAGGGUCGUUUGGUGUACCAAUUAAAGUUGGAGUGGAUUAUUAUAGUCUUACUCUAUGUUUGUAAUACCAAAUAUAAUAUAUAAUAUUGUGUACGACUAUUUAUAAUCUAUAA